AUGGCCGGGCGGCCCGUUACGUUUCGAUCCUUGCAGCCAAGGAUUGUUUCACAGCCCAAUGCGCCUGAAACCCAAUCGCCCAUCAUGGUCAUAGCUUAUCUGCCGUCUCACGAGCUCGAUGGGAAGGAUGAUCAUACGUACCUCGAGCCGGCGAUUGCUCCAUUCGCCGGCCGGCUCGGCGGAAACCAGGACUUCAUCGUCGAUCGACAUGACCCGAAGAAUGUGGACGUGCUGGAAAAGGUCCCCGAUGCGGCACCAUGCAUGACGUUGGCCGAGAUCUUCGAUCUCCGGGGCUUUUUGAGUCCAGAUCUAUGGAAGUUCGCAAUGCUGGAAUGCGUUGCAAGUAUGAUGAAUGUCUUCAUCACGUCCUGGGUGACGACGCAUCCGUUAUCGAAGACAACGUCUCCCACGACCGAGGCGGGCGUCUAUAGCACUGUGACCUUCUUCUCUCCACUGUUCGGCGGCAUCACCAAUCUUCUCUUGACCCCGCUGCUUAUCUACACCUUUUCCCCCUCAAGCGGAGGCCACAUAAGCCCAACAAUUACCCUAGCCACCUUUUUUGCACGGAUCAUUUCGUUUCCACGAAUGGUCCUGUACGUGGCCGGGCAAACCUUGGGAGGAGCCCUCGCAGGUUUGAUGCUGCACAGUGCCUACGGCACCCGAAAGUUCACUGUAGGUGGAUGCCAUAUUGAUACAAGCAUGGUGGACCCCAAAGAUGGCCUGGUCAUUGAGUUUGUGGCAUGCCUGAUCCUUAUUUUCCUGGCAUUCGGCGUGGCCCUUGAUCCACGACAGGCAGAAGUAUUUGGCCACGCCACUUCUCCAUGGUUUGUAGGCAUUGUCCUUGGAGUGGUUGCGUGGGGGACCGCCUUCACCCGGGAAGGGUACAUCGGAGCGAGUCUCAAUCCCGCACGGUGCCUGGGAGCCUAUGUGGCGUCGGAAUUCCCCUCCUAUCAUUGGAUCCACUGGAUUGGACCACUCGCGGCUGCCAUCGGGCACGGCCUGGUCUACUUUGUUGACCCACUCUGGACGGAAAGGCGGAGCUCGCCGUGA